AAAUGGUAUCCCGUCUUAUCCUCCGAUUCCUCUCUUGUCUUCUCUCUUCUCACUGUCACACACUACUGUGAAUCCAGAGACCAGCCGUUUUCACCAGCACAGCUUUGUCAGCUCCCCAACCAAAAUCCCUCCUCUCAAUUUUCAAUUUUUUUCUAAUUUCCCUGCUGAUUAUGCCUUUUUAUCUGCUCAUCAUUCUUAAUCACGCCAGCAACCCUUCCAUAAACAUACCAUAUUAUAUCUAGUAUGCUUAUGCACGCCCCCUCUGUCCUUCCCUCUUUCUCGCUCUCUGCACAUCUGCUGUCAGUUUCAGACCCCUCUUUCCACAGUUUCUGUUUCUUCAUAUGAAUUUCCUGAGUCCCUCUUCAUCAUGUGAAGAUUUUUUGGCAUUUCUUUCUUUUUUAGUGGGGCUUUUCUUGUCAAAGCAAAGCACCUUAUGCUUUCCACAUGGCGUUGUUGCCACUUCGUUUCGUAUUUACUGACAUUUGGCUAUUUGCCUUAUGCCAUUAUCUUUUGUGAUUUGGUAAAGAUUGAAUUUUUUUGGAAGGAAAUUUGAUUGGGGUUUGUUUUGAGUUCUGUGUAGGGCUUUAUUUCCCCAAUUUCUUGAUUUUUGAUGUUUUUUGGGAGGAAUGAAUGAUACAGCGGCGUGUUUGGCUAUUGUGGAGAAGAAGCCGCAGAGGCCUGGUGGAUGCGUUGGUAUCUUCUUUCAACUUUUUGAUUGGAAUCGUAGAUUCGCUAAAAAGAAGCUUUUUUCCAAGAAAUUAUUGCCACCAGUUCGAUUCAAACAAGCUUCGAAGAAAUUUGGUGGGGAUGAGAAGCAGCCGAAGCUUCGUUUGAUUGCUGAUGAGAACAAUGGGGGAUUCCCAACGGCGAAGAUGUCGAAUGGGGCUGCCAUCGUCGAUAAUGAACAAAACCAUGAAAUGCAUGUUCCUGGACUUGUUGCCAGGCUCAUGGGGUUGGAAUCUAUGCCGGCAUUGCAGAGAGAUAAGUCGAAGACUAAGGCUCCUCCUGCAUCUGGUGUUGUUUCACGAGAAUUGGUCGAUAAAAGGGAAGAUUUGAAAGUGGAGAAAGUUGGGAUUAAGCAUGAAGUAAGGCCUCAGAAACUUCAAAAGACAAGUGUAAGUGAGAGACAACCAAUAGCCAGAUUUGGGGCAGAGAAACUGCCAUUCAAGAAUGUGUUAUCCAAGUCGAAAAAGCAUCAUCCGAAGUUUCCUCCGCAAGUGAAAACUCCCAAAAAUCUUCCAAGGAAAAGGCCAUCUAAACUGAUUGAUGCAGCCACUAGAAUUUUGGAACCUGGUUUGCAGUCAAGUAGAUCUAAAUGUGUUCUCACUUACUCUAAUGCCUCGCGACACACUCCACAGGAUACCGACGUGGAUGGAUCCUUGUCAACCCGUUUGGAAGGUUCUUAUGGUUUUGGAAGUGUAGAUGCAGAGGGGGAAUCAUCUUGCAAAAAUUGUGGCCAUUUGAUGGAUAAUUUGAAUGGUAAAUCUACCAUCACUGAGUUUGCUUCACCCUUCUCGAAUAAUGUAAGAUCUUGUUGUCAAGUAUCUGAACAAAUUAAGCCUGUUAAUGUUGCAUUUUAUCAUCAGUUGGAAGAAGAAUGGCGUGAUGGUUACCCUGUGGCUGCAGCUCCGGUUAUUGGAGAUGUUCAAAGUAAUUGCAAGCUCACAUCGUAUAGGAGUCCUUUCUGUGCCGGGCAUAUUCAACAGCAUUUGGCUGGCCAGCAUUGCAAGGCUCCAAGAGGUGUGCCUUUACCUCUUAGCCCUAACCAGAAGUCAUAUAGGCAAAGUCAGAUGUUACGAGCGAGGGAAACAGUUCCUAUAAGGCCAAAUGUGGUUACGUUGAGGAGUAGCCAGGCAUCAACAACUGUUAUGAAUGGGACAAAGAAUCCUGUUUCAGAAAAUCAAAGCUUAGGCUGUAGUCCCAGGUCUCGGGUGCCUUCCCGGAUUGAGAAUGGCAGAUUUGAAAUGGAGAAGAGAAUCCCCAAUAGGAUGAAUGACUCGGUACCUACUGGGAGAAAGAGGAGGCCAAACAAUCUCUCUCGAGACAGUGAUUAUUCUGGUUGCUCAAGCUAUACACUUAACAAACCGAUUACAAGCUCUCACUUGGUUGAGCAUGAAUGUGGCCAAGUUGGAUUGCUGCAUCGACAAGACAGAAAAUUUACCAGUACUACAGGGAACAACAAUGUGGUUUCCUUCACAUUUAAUUCAUCAGUGAAGCAGAAGGUUGGAAUUCAUGAAGUUGGCGAAGCGCUGGUUAGGAGUGCUGAUGGUAGAGAGAAACCAGAAAUAGGAGAAUGUGUUAGAAAGACGGUGUUUGAGAAAUCCCGGCCUAUAAGCGGAGAUGCACUUGGUGCGCUUCUGGAACAAAAGUUGAAGGAAUUGAAUUGCCAAGGAGAGGAUACGGGAAAUGCACCUAAAAAGACCACUGCUACGAUUCUACAAGAACUUAUAACGGCCUUGACUUCAGAGGUUCCAUUACAGCAGGAUAAUUUACCUGCUAUAUCUGAUAGGAGAAAUGGUUGGAGUGAUCAAAGCCAUUUGUCUAACUCAAGAUCUUCAAAUGUUUCAUCACAUGGCAACACCGUGGAUGUGAACCCAUCGUCUGACCAACCUCUCUACACUGAGUACCUAAGCCCAGAAUCUGUUCUUGAAACUUGCUUUUCUACUGAGAGUUUGCCUUCCAGCAGUGCAGAUGAUGGUCUAGGGUCGCCUAACCCUGAUGCGUUGGACACAGUUGGGAAUUCAAAAAAGAUGGUCGUUGAUAUUUACAACAAUGUUUCUGAUAUCUUAUCUACUUUUGGGUUGAAAGGAAAAGGGGUCGACCAAGUAAGGGAGGUGCUUUUGAAUGCUGAGCUGGUAUUCCAUCGGGCGCUACUUUCAUGUUCAGCAGUAGGAAAAGGCUCCCCGAUCAAGCAUUUGCUCCUCGAUGAACUGGACAUGCUCGCCAGCCUUCUAUGGAUGAACUUCGGUUCCUCCCUCGGGGUCGAGGAUGGCAAGGAGGUGAAUCAACUCAAAACAUUCGUUCUGCAUUCUACCAUCGAGUAUCUGGGCUUAAGAUUUCAAGAAUUUCAAUCCAAGGUGUCGAGGAAGCUGCCUCUUCGCAUGAACAACCGCAUGCUGAUCCUGGAGAUUGUGGAAGUUGUUAGGAGGUGGGAGGAGCUGUCGAGGCUGGGCGUUGAUGAGCUGAUCGAGAGAGAGAUGAGCCGUUCCUUGGAGGAGUGGACGCAGUGCGAGAGUGAGGGUUUUGAGAGCGGCGUUGAGAUCAGCAGACAUUUGGUGCAGAUUUUAGUAGAUGAAAUUGUGAUGGAUCUUUGCAAAUGGUAGAAAGUAGAUGAAAUUAUGUUGUGCAAUUGUGAAGGACUCCAACAGUUAAACCUAACUUAACCAUUGUACAAACAAACUGAUGUGCCUUAAUUUUACAUUGUUGAAUGUAUGUUUUGACACAUCAUUCAUCCUUCAAA